AUGACAAGUGCAUACACACUCACAGAUUACAGGGCUCAAGGGCAGACAAUUAAGUAUGUGAUGAUUGAUCUAGCACCACCACCAGCAGGUGGGCUAAUUCCAUUCAAUGCCUAUGUGGCAUUAUCACAGAGCUCAGGAAGGAACAUGAUAUGGCUUUUGUGA